UCCAACAUCCACUGAGAUUCCGAGUUUCGGCCGAUUCUCGGAAAGAGGAGUUCAAGUCCUUCUCCAAGCAAGGUGGAAGGGACUUUAGUCAGUCCUGGUCCCAAGAAUCAAUGACCGUUGAGUGAGGCAGACGUGAAGCCGCCGUGCCUUUAAUAUCUAGGUGGUUUAAGGCGGAAUGAUUCUGCGCACCCAGCUGCUGGGAGUGGUGGUUGUGUUGGAAUAUAAUCUAUUCCAAACACAUUUGCAGUACCUUCACGCAAUUUUUUUAGUUGUAGAGUUAAACGAUAAUCUCUGUUUAUUCAGAACUGGUACUUGUUGAGUUAAACAAAUGAGGGUGGAUGGGUAGGCUGCUAGUGUACUGUCUCAAAUGAUAUGCAAAUACCUCUUUGUCUUGCACCUAAACUCACAGCGAGUUACACUGUCGAAAGGCACUGAAACCCACCUGCAGUGUCAGAGAGUCACAUUUGCCCAAUUUACGUAGAACUCCGAACUGCCUCCUGCGUUGCACUGAAGAUUCGCGAUCACUGACCAACUGAAAGAGUUCGACCCCGGUCUCUGUGAGUAAGAUGAGUGUCGGGACGGAUAAAUCAUCAGAUGUCCGAGUUGGUGUGUCACAACCCCAGGAACAGGCAGGUGUUGAACAGAACGGCCUGGACUUUACUCGACAGAUCAAAACUGAGGACCAGAGAGAGUCACCUUCACAGGACCUGCAGCCACUUCACACCUUGCAGCAGUUAGUGGUCGUACCUGGGCAUCAUCUGCAGACGGCAGCAACCUUCCUACUGCCUCAGACACAGCAGAGCCAACAAGGUGCACUUCAGUCUCCCAACUUGCUUCCAUUGUCUCAGCAAUCACAGAGUUCCCUCUGUUCUCCUCAGACUGGCGUUGGGCUCACUUCACAGGCAGUAAUUCGAUCAGGUCUCAUGGGCUCGACCCUGGAGUCACAUUUGGAAGCUCUUCCUCCUCACCAGGUCCCAAAGCAUAUUGCUCCAAAGCACAUCGCUCCUGUGCAGUCAGAUGAGCCGAAUGACUUGGAGGAACUGGAACAGUUUGCAAAAACAUUUAAGCAAAGGCGAAUUAAGCUGGGUUUCACUCAGGGAGAUGUUGGAUUAGCGAUGGGAAAACUAUAUGGGAAUGAUUUUAGUCAAACUACAAUCUCCCGAUUUGAGGCUUUGAACCUGAGCUUCAAGAACAUGUGCAAACUCAAGCCACUGCUGGAAAAAUGGCUGAGUGAUGCAGAAAAUGUCCCCUCUGAUUCUACACUGAACAGCCUGGCAUCUCUCACUCCGCAAAUGAUUGGAUUGGAGGGUCUUGGCCGCAAAAGGAAGAAGCGGACAAGCAUUGAAACCAACAUUCGCCUGACUUUGGAGAAGCGUUUCCAUGAGAACUCUAAGCCCAGCUCCGAAGAAAUUGUGAUGAUUGCAGAACAGUUGUCAAUGGAGAAAGAAGUUGUCCGUGUUUGGUUCUGCAAUCGGCGUCAGAAAGAGAAGAGGAUUAACUGCCCUGUUGCUCCAUCCACCAAAACACCAAUGUACAGCUCAAGACUGGUUUCUUCAUCUGGAUCCAUUGACUCUCUGAUCAUGACACAUGCACACAACGAUUUGAAUAUGACAGGAGUGUCUUCCUCCAGUAUGACCAACAGGCCCUCCUCACCAGUCACAUCGUCCACUGAGAGUGGACACACCUCUACGAGCAGUCAGUCUGGGCUCGGCACUACUCCAGGCUCACGAUUCUGGUGGAAUAGUCCCUCAUUUCUACACUGAAAGUUCUGGGAUUUCACUUUCUGAUCAGCCACUUCUUCAAUCCUCAGCUACAUUUUGCACUGUACAGGUGCACAGUGAGAGUGGACAAUGGAAAACAUGCAUUACUCAGAGACAACAUUUAAUGCAAAAGUUUUAGAAGUUUUGCAAUGAGAAUAUAAACAUUGCAAUUUAGUAACAAUGGUCCAAUGGACUGAGUGUUGUGCUGCCUUCAAUAUGUUCUCUUCACUGCCAAUCAAAGCUAAUGAAGCAUUAAACUGCAACCUUCUGCCAUUCUGAUCUCUAUCCAGUGGAUUUAUUAUAGUGCCUCUUUUUGUGCAAGUUGCAAUAAUGUUACCAUGAAUCUUUCACUGUACAUGAGACCUGACUCCCUAGAUGUUAGGAAGCAUUUACAGGCCCAUUUCUGUUUCCAUUAGCAGGAUGUUAUUUUACUUCCAAUUAAACUUAAUAUUCACCGUACCGCUGGCCCCUCUUUUUCUGUGACUCCAUUCUGACUGGCCAGUAGUUGUGUGAGCAUCUUGCAUUCAUGCUAUAGAUACUGGUCAAAAGAAUAAUGGGAGCUGAACCUCCGUGUUUGCUUAAUAUUAGGCUUUUUAAUUGCAUUAAUGUAUGUAUAAUUCAAGAUUGUGUGUAGCAAAAAGACAGUUCUUUUAACCCUGUAAUCCAUCUUUAUAAUGUCUGGGAUUGUUGCUCACAACCCUCUAAACUGCUGAACUGCUUUAAACUGUUUGGCUCUGGGCCUCGGCAAUAAUCUUGGCAAUAUUGUGAGCCUGCUCCUCAACUAAAUUCUGGGGCAAUAGAAACAAAUCUGAGAGAAUAUUAGAAAAUGGGUGACAACCUAGAUCUGCCCAGUUGUUCUGAUAUCCCAUCAAAAUGUGUAUGGUAUCAUUAUCUAUUUGUUGAUUAGAGAAUGCAGGCUUCUUGAUUACAAAUUGUGCCACAACAGCCUUAAGUAAAAGAUAGUUCAUACAAAUAUCUGCUUUGACCUUAUUAACUCUGCUUACAGGUUAUAUUUUCCAAUUCUACUUCCUCUUCUAUCCUGUGUUCAAUAUUGAGGAAUAUUUUCAACAUUCCCAUGUUAAACACGUUCCAAAAGUUAAUUAAUUGGUCACAUUAUCCAUAAAAAGUGAUACUUAUUAUUACUUUUAGGGCAUCUUCUUGUAAUUUCCUGAGUUUUUUAAAUUAAUGUAAAUUUUACAUUCCAGUUACAUUAAAUUUGUGAUUUCAGUGAAAAUCAAAAGCUACUUAAUCCGUGCCUUAACCAAAGUACAUUAUAUUAUCAUACAUAACCACUAAUUUAUACUCAUUACAUAGACCAUGAUUGAGGAUAAAAUGACUGUGGUUGAGGAUUAGAACUGCUGCAAUACAUAAACACCAGAUACAACAGAGUGGGUAUUGCAUUAACAAAGUAUAAUAUUCUGGAUAGUUUGACAGUCGGUCUAUCUAAGGAAACAAUCAAGUGAUGGAAGAGUGUUUCAGAUCUCAGAACUUCAACGGAUUGCAUCUUGUUCUUAGUAAAGUGACAAGAAUGUAAAAGAGGGACUUUCAUAUGUAUAAAACUUAAACUGUUUCAAUUGGCUUUACAGCCAGUUAUGCAUUUUUAUGUGCAGUCACUGUUGUAUCAGGGAAGCUAAAUGCAUAUACAGUAGUAUCUCUCAAACAGUGGUAUAAGCAUAUAAUCUAUAUUUGGUAAUGUUAACAGAGAGGUUGAUAAGGACACCACAGCUGCUUGAGGUAUGUUUUGUUUUAUUUGGUCUGAAAUUGAAUAUGAGGCCAUAUUUCAAAAUAUUAAACUGCUUCAUGUGUGGUAUUUGAAACCAUAACGUAUAUCUGCGCAGCUAUGCCAAGAAUAACGUACUUACUACUUUUUAUUGAGUAUGUCCAAUAAUACCAUUGGAGGUAGCAUCAACAGUUCAACCUAAAUGCGAUUUGUAAGUGCAAAGGAAGGGAACGGUUUAGCUCAUUUCUGUGAUUACUAGUUUUGUUUUAGAAGUCCAACUUGAAAAGGAUCCAAAAACAUUAAAGAAAAUGCUGCUCAUGUUGGAUAUCUGUGUUUUUUUAAAGCAGUUGAUGAAUUGGAAGUGAACUUAAUGAAAUAAAAGUUCAAGGCAACAUCCCUGAAGAAAAAGAAACAGAUGUAGCAGUUCAGAUUGUUAACUUUCAACAGAACUCCAUAAUGCUUUAAGAUACAGCAAGAAAGAAAGCAUAAAGGAGAGAAGAAUAGGGGAUUUUAUAUGUGAGAAGCAGUAUGGAUUAAAUGAUAAGAAAUGGCAGUACAAGCCAAAAUAACCAGACCCAUAGAAUAACUUGUGCCCUCCAGAGAAAAUAGCUAAAUACUUAAGACAGUAGCAUAAAAUAGAAUUUGGGGUGUUAAAGCCCAAGGAAAAUGGGAAUAGAUUGCAGAAGUGAGCUAUGGGAUGGGGCAAAUAGAAGUUCUUCGUUUUAUGUUCUUCAGUCUCAGUUUGAAGGUAGGCCCUGACUUGCCAUCUGGAAUUGCACUGAAGUAUUGGUCUGCCUGAAGAAAACAAAACAGAUGUAAUCAAUGUUAUAACAUUCUGUCCAUCCCGUUUUUAUUUAUUUUUCCUUCUGAAUUCUACAUGUUAUUUAUGACGUUGCUGUGUUGCUAAAUCAUGUGAAGUCUUGACUAAAAUACUUUAGGCUGAUGUGAUUUACAUGCUAAGGCCGAAUAUGAGUACGUCUAUCAUUGCUGAAAGGAGUUGAGGGAAUUAGCAAACUAGUAAUGUAUUUCAAAUAGCCUCAAAUAUUUGAGGACUCGAUAUCUAAAUAAUUUUGUGUGAGAUGGGGUUUUGUGGACGAUGUGUGGAGGUAGCUUUUGAUUAUUUGUAAGACUCUGCCUCAGUGGUCGGGACACCUGCCUUCAACUUUGUACG